GAGUUCUGGUUAACGCAUUAUCGAAAGCAACCUUGAUAACGCUCUUCGCGACGAGGACGACGCACGUGUGUUUGGGUUAUGGCACGCAAGGCAAAGAAGAAGGGAACCAGUGGGGCAGCCACCAACUAUAUCAACAGAAGAAAAGCCAUUCGAAAACUCCAACUUUCUCUAAAAGACUUCAGGAGACUAUGCAUCCUCAAGGGGAUCUACCCGGUCGAGCCCAAGUACAGGAGGCACGUGAAUCACGGAAGUUCGGUUCACAACACGUACUACCUCCUCAAGGACAUCCAGUUCCUUGCACACGAGCCAAUCAUUCAGAAGUUCAGAGACUUCAAGGUGUUCAUACGCAAACUGAGGAAAGCCUUAGGCAAGAACGAAAGGGACACUGCAGAGCACAUCCGUAACAAUGAGCCAGUCUACAGGCUUGACCACAUUGUCAAGGAGAGGUAUCCGACAUUUGUAGACGCCCUGAGAGACAUUGAUGAUGCACUGUCCAUGUGCUAUCUCUUCUCCACAUUCCCCAACGGAAAAGUGGUGAAGCCCACCCUCGUUGGCCUCUGCCGGAGAGUCAUAGUGGAGUUCAUGCACUACGUGAUCGAGACCCGGGCCCUGCGGAAGGUCUUCAUCUCCAUCAAGGGCUACUACUACCAGGCUGAGAUCAUGGGGCAGACCAUAACCUGGAUUGUGCCGCACAACUUCUCCUUCAGGCAACCUGUGGAUGUCGACUUCAAGAUCAUGGUCACCUUUGCGGACUUCUAUGUUACCCUGAUGGGCUGCAUCAACUACAAGCUGUACCACACACUCAACCUGCACUACCCUCCCAAGCUUCAACAUGAAGUCGUCGAAGAUAAUUCAAAUGCUGAUGAUGAGGAUGACACUUCAGAGCGAAUCGCCGCCCUGAACCAGAAACUGAAGUCAGUCAUUGCAGGCGACACAGCCGAAGAGGCGCCCCAACUGGACGACUUUACGGAGACUGAGGGCGAAGGCAGUGUUGACAUCAAGAGCGAGGAAGAGAAACAGAAGAAGUUCCAGAACCUGUUUGCGGGCAUGAAGGUCUUCCUGGGCAGGGAAGUUCCCAGAGAGUCGCUCACCUUUGUACUGCGCUCGUUCGGAGCAGAAGUGUCCUGGGAUGUCACACUGUUUGCCGGUUCCACGUUUACCGAGGACGACCUCACCAUCACCCACCAGAUAGCAGACAGACCACUGCUGAAGAAGCGCUAUAUUAACAGGUACUACGUGCAGCCACAGUGGGUGUACGACUGCAUCAACUUCCGCCGUCUGCUUCCCGUCGAAGACUACUUCCUGGGGGAGGAGCUUCCCCCUCACCUCUCGCCCUUCGUUGAGGAGAAGGAAGGGGAUUACGUGCCCCCCGACAAACUGGACAUGCUGCAGGGAAGGAGGAGGGCCAGGGAUGAAGAGAGUGAAGAUGAGGGCAUAGAGGAAGAGGGUCUGGAAGAGGAGGAAGACAGCGGAGAAGAAUCGGGAGAGGAGAAUGACGACGAUGAAGGUGAUGAUGAUGACGAAGAGGAUGAUGAAGGGGAGGAGUUGGAAAAGGAGCAUCUUUCGAGGAAAGUGCAGGCAGCCAAGAGGAAAGCGACGGCAGACCGCAAGGCCGCACCAAACAAAGAGGAGGAAGGAGGGUCCAAGAAGGCCAAGAUGGCCGUCCAGGCAGGAGUGGUGGUUAAGGAAGACCCAGCCAAGGCUGCCCAGAAGCAGAAGAGCGAGGAAAAGCGCCUUGCUGUCAUGAUGAUCCCCAAGAAACACAAGAAGCUCUACGAGAAGAUUGUGUUUGGCCAGAAGCGCAGGGCCAGGGAGGCUGCACAUCUCAAGAAGAAGCGAGAAGAGAUAUCAGCAAAAUCCUCCAAAAAGACGAAGAAAGUUUUCUAGAAACAGAUUUCACGUGGGCUGUGUAACAUAAUAAAAAGGACACAUACAAAUG